GGGGCAGGCCAAGCAAAUCUUUUGUCCGGGGCGGCGCUGAGCCAGCAGGGUGCCUCGCAGUAUAAACGCCACCGGCGGGGACCGCGGGGCGCACCAUGGCGCAGCGCUCGGGGAAGAUCACUCUCUAUGAGGGCAAGCACUUCACGGGGCGGAAGCUGGAGGUCUUUGGGGACUGUGACAACUUCCAGGAUCGAGGCUUUAUGAACCGAGUGAACUCCAUCCGAGUAGAGAGCGGAGCCUGGGUCUGCUUUGAUCACCCUGAUUUCCGGGGCCAGCAGUACAUCCUGGAACAUGGUGACUACCCUGACUUCUUCCGAUGGAAUGGCCACAACGACCACAUGGGCUCCUGUCGGCCUGUAGGAAUGCAUGGGGAACAUUUCCGCCUAGAAAUCUUUGAGGGCUGCAACUUCACGGGCCAGUGCCUGGAGUUGGUGGAAGACUGCCCCUUCCUCCAGAGCCGGGGCUGGGCCAAGAACUGUGUCAACGCCAUCAAAGUGUAUGGAGAUGGAGCGUGGGUCCUGUACGAGGAGCCCAACUACCGCGGCCGCAUGUACUUGGUGGAGAGGGGCGACUUCCGCAGCUUCUCCGACUGGGAGGCCCACAGCGCCCGCGUGCAGUCGCUCCGCAAAGUGGUCAACUUCUUCUAG